CUCCUACGAGAAAGAGAGAGAGAGAGAGAUAGAGGGGGAGUCACGCUACAGCCAAGAGAGGAGAGGAGACCACGAGAAGAAGAGGAGAAAAACACGCCAUCUCUUGUUAUACCCUCUCGGCAGGAGAAAGCAGGUGGGCAGGAGGCGAAUCAGUCCAUCUUUUUCUCUUCAAUCUCCUCGUUCAGACGUUCUUUGCUUUUCUCCCUCAAACGGAGGAGUUUGGGGAGAGAGGGGGCAUUUGGAGAGGCAAGGAUGGUCAACAACCUGACCGAAUGCGAGGAGGUAGAAGGGGCUGCGAACAGCCAGGGAGAUGGACAACCCAAGGAGAGCAGUCCUUUCAUCAACAGUACCGACCCCGAGAAGAACCAGCAAUAUGAUGGCAAGAACAUGGCCCUGUUUGAGGAGGAGAUGGACACAAGUCCAAUGGUAUCGUCUCUCCUCAGCAGCCUCGCCAACUAUUCCAACCUGCCGCAGGGCAGUAAAGAGCACGAGGAGGCGGAAAACAACGAAGGAUCACGCAAGAAGCCUAUAAAGGCUCCACGGAUGGGCACUCUGAUGGGCGUCUAUUUGCCCUGUAUGCAGAAUAUUCUGGGUGUCAUUCUGUUCCUCCGGAUGACCUGGAUGGUGGGCAUCGGAGGGGUCAUCGAAGCCUUUGUCAUCGUCCUCAUGUGCUGCUCCACAACGAUGCUCACUGCAAUCUCAAUGAGUGCCAUUGCCACAAACGGAGUCGUGCCAGCUGGAGGCUCAUAUUACAUGAUUUCUCGUUCUUUGGGCCCUGAGUUUGGUGGAGCUGUAGGCAUCUGCUUCUACUUGGGCACCACAUACGCUGGAGCCAUGUACAUCUUGGGCUGCAUCGAGAUCUUGCUGGUGUACCUUUUACCACAAGCUGCCAUUUUUAAGAUGGAGGGUUUGGAGGGUGCGGAGGCAGAGGCUGCCAUGCUCAACAACAUGCGUGUUUACGGCACGAUGGUGCUGAGCUUCAUGGCUAUCGUGGUGUUUGUAGGAGUGAAGUACGUCAACAAGCUGGCGCUCCUCUUCCUCGCCUGCGUCAUCUGCUCAAUCGUCGCCGUCUACGCCGGAGUCAUCAAGACUGCCUUCGAGCCUCCCGUAUUUCCAGUGUGUGUGCUGGGGAACCGGACGCUGGUGUGGAAGGGUUUCGAUGAGUGCGCAAAGGUCAUCGAGAGAGAGAAUGGCACAGUCACCACCAAACUCUGGCGACUCUUCUGCGACUCAGAGUUCCUCAAUGCCACCUGUGACAGCUACUUUGCCAACAAUAAUGUCACAGAGAUUCAGGGCAUUCCGGGAGUCACAAGUGGCAUUCUGUUUGAGAAUCUCUUUGGGAAUUAUAUGGAAAAGGGUUCUUUCAUUGAGAAGGUUGGGAUUUCUGCGGUUGAGGAACCAGAGUCCAUCCCAACCAACACAAACCGCUAUGUGCUCGCUGACAUUACCUCAUUCUUUACCAUGCUGGUGGGGAUUUACUUCCCCUCAGUGACAGGUAUCAUGGCUGGAUCGAACCGUUCUGGUGAUCUGCGUGAUGCACAGAAGUCCAUUCCUGUUGGCACUAUCCUGGCCAUCACCACCACCUCCAUCAUCUAUAUGUCCAGUGUAUUGCUGUUUGGUGCCUGCAUUGAGGGAACUGUAUUGAGGGAUAAGUUUGGCGAGGCUGUGAGAGGUAAUCUGGUGAUUGGUACAUUGGCGUGGCCGUCGCCGUGGGUCAUCGUCAUCGGUUCAUUCUUUUCCACCUGUGGGGCGGGGCUUCAGAGCUUGACGGGUGCACCUCGUCUCCUUCAGGCUAUUGCACGAGACGGUGUCGUGCCGUUCCUCAGGGUGUUUGGCCAUGGAAAAGCAAACGGGGAGCCCACCUGGGCGUUACUCCUGACCGCAUGUAUCUGUGAGAGUGGAAUUCUCAUCGCCUCUCUGGAUGCAGUAGCUCCCAUUCUUUCUAUGUUUUUUCUCAUGUGCUACAUGUUUGUGAAUUUGGCCUGUGCUGUUCAAACUCUUCUGAGAACACCCAACUGGAGACCCCGAUUCAAGUUCUACCACUGGGCUCUUUCAUUCCUGGGCAUGAGUCUGUGUCUCUCGCUCAUGUUCAUCUGCUCUUGGUACUACGCCAUCGUUGCCAUGGGGAUCGCCGGCUGCAUCUACAAGUAUAUCGAGUUUAGAGGGGCGGAAAAGGAAUGGGGUGAUGGAAUAAGAGGGCUGUCGCUCAGUGCCGCUCGAUUCGCUCUUAUGCGGUUAGAGGAGGGACCACCACACACCAAGAACUGGAGGCCUCAGAUAUUAGUGCUGGUCAGUAUGGACGCUGAGCUCAACGUGGAGCAACCUCGUCUUCUGUCUCUGACCAGUCAGCUGAAAGCAGGGAAGGGUUUGACCAUUGUGGGAGCAGCACUGGAGGGAACGUACCUGGACAACCACCAUCAGGGGCAACAAGCUGAACAGUCUCUGAGGAAGCUCAUGGAGACGGAGAAGGUUAAAGGUUUCUCUCAGGUGGUAAUCUCCUCCAACAUGAGGGACGCCACCUCACACCUGGUCCAGGCCGGAGGGUUGGGAGGUCUUCAGCACAACACCGUACUGGCCAGCUGGCCACGCAACUGGAAACAGGCUGAGGACCACCAAAGCUGGAGAAACUUAAUUGAGCUGGUAAGGGAGACCACUGCUGCCAGUAAAGCCCUGCUGGUGACCAAAAAUAUCUCGGCCUUCCCAUCAAAUGGAGAACGCUUCACCGAGGGUCACAUUGACGUUUGGUGGAUUGUUCAUGAUGGAGGGAUGCUCAUGCUGCUACCAUUCCUCCUACGCCAGCACAAGGUGUGGAGGAAAUGUAAGAUGCGCAUCUUCACUGUGGCUCAGAUGAAUGAUAACAGCAUUCAGAUGAAAAAAGAUCUGACCACCUUCCUGUAUCAUCUGCGUAUAGAUGCUGCCGUGGAGGUGGUGGAGAUGCAUGACAGUGAUAUCUCCGCGUACACGUAUGAGAAGACCCUGAUGAUGGAGCAGCGUUCUCAGAUCCUCAAGCAGAUCAACCUCACCAAGACUGAGCGUGAACGAGAGAUUCAGAGUAUCACUGAUAGCUCCCGUGGGUCGAUCCGUCGUAAGAACCCGACCGCGGUCACCACGCAGUUGAGCAUCACUGAGGAGCCGGCCGCCAGCAGCAAAGAGGAGAAACCAGAAGAGGAGUCUGCCCCUGUGUUCCCCCCACAACAGGAACAGCUGAUUCAUGACAAGGGUAUCAACCCCCCGACCCCUGCCACCCCUCAGUCCCCCACCGCAGACGCCGAGACCCCCGGCACAGCCGUACAGAUGACCUGGACUGAAGCGAAGUGUGACGGAGAGCAGGCCAAACCGAUCGGAGUUACAACACCAGAGGCCAUCAAAGAUCUCUUCAACAUGAAACCAGAGUGGGAAAAUCUAAACCAGUUCAACGUGAGGCGCAUGCACACUGCGCUCAGACUCAAUGAAGUCAUCGUUAAGAAAUCACAGGAGGCAAAACUAGUUCUGCUCAACAUGCCCGGACCACCUAAAAACAGAACUGGUGACGAGAACUACAUGGAAUUCCUAGAGGUUUUAACCGAAGGUCUAAACCGGGUCCUUCUUGUCCGUGGAGGAGGCCGCGAGGUCAUCACCAUCUACUCUUAAAACACUAACCUACGCUGACCGACCCCAUUUUUCCCCCUUCUCCAACUGCCUCUCACGUUUCAGCACCUACAACUUCCCCAACACUCAAUAAACUCCAUAGUGUCGCCCAAGCAAUAUCACCCUUCAGUCAACCUAAACCCUACUGAGACACAUCCCCAUCCCCAUUGGCCAAACAUUGCUCUCUCAUUUCAAGUUAGUGGACUAGUAGUCCACAUUUUACUGUUCUACGAUGAUGCACUGUUGAUGUCAGUGGGUAUUUGGUCGAUGCCCCCUCGCUGUAGCUUUCCUCCAUGUUCACUACUGUUCUCAACCGUCAAUCACCAUUCUCACCAAAUCAGGAGAAGUGGGACGGUCUGGUUUGAUUGUUGUUUGUUUUUAAUGUUCUUUGUUUUGAGGAAGAAGAUGCAGUACAGCUCAUUCUUGGGUCAACAAAGAUGGAUUUGACGUUCACGACUAUGGCAAACGAAUGCUGCAGAACAUUUCUGCACUGGUAGAAAUGGACCUCAACAUCUUGUCUCCUGAACUUUGUGAAAAGAUUUUCAAGGUUUAAACUCCAGUUGAAAUUCAUCAAUCAUUUUGAAAUUGUGAAAAGAUUUUUUUUUUUUAUUGUGAUUGUUUACUGAAAAAACAAGCGUGAACAAAUUUUAGUCAACAUGAAAUCAAAAUUGAACCCAUUUACUUUCUAAAUACACAUUCCUGGUCUUAUUGUGAAAGAUUCAUCAGUGCAUGUUAUUUAAAAAAUAUAUAUAAUAAUAAUUCUUCCCAAUUUGGAAUGCCCAAUUCCCAAUGCACUCUAAGUCCUUGUAGUGGCAUAGUGACUUGCCUCAAUCUGGGUGGUGGAGGACGAAUCUCAGUUGCCUCCGCGUCUGAGACCGUCAACCUGCGCAUCUGAUCAUGUGGCUUGUUGGGUGUGUUACUGCAGAGACAUAGCGCGUGUGGAGGCUUCACACCAUCCACGCACAACUCACCACGCACCCCACUGAGAGCGAACCACAUUAUAGCGACCACGAGGAGGUUACCCCAUGUGACUCUACCCUCCCUAGCAGCCGGGCCAAUUUGGUUGCUAACGAGACCUGGCUGGAGUCACUCAGCACACCCUGGGAUUUGAACUCACGAACUCCAGUGGUGGUAGUCAGCGUGUUUACUCGCUGAGCUACCCAGGCCCCCAAUAGUGUUAUUCUUAAUCGUUCAUUACAAUAACUUGAUCUGCCUGAAAUGACUUUCCUUUGCUGCUGACAUCACCAAGCCCCUCCAUUUGCGUUGAAAAUCCUGUUUCAGAAAUAUGUCACAUUAUGGAAGUAAAAUGGGUUGCGAAUGCCAUUUCAUGUUGACUUAAGAUGGAUUUAUGUGUUUACAUAUAUUUCCGCACAAAGUCCUUAAUCAUCAACCUUUGUUUCUCUUCGGUUUCAAGUGGUUAGCUAUCUCCCUGCCAACUGCAGUCACGAUAUGUGCCAAAAAAUAAGUCUAGCAGGGUGUGCGCCUUACUGUCUGAAAGCAAAACAUUAAGCAAGAGUUGUCUAUCAGUGUAAAUGAUGCUGUGAUUAGGGAAAAAAGAGCCCGAAAAAAACAACAAAAAAGUACUCUGCCACUCCGAAGUGGUGUAAAUAGUGUAUACGGUAUUAUUAAACAUUGGUGUAGUAUUUUUAUUGUGAAAUAACCGAAGCUUCUGGUGCAAAAACGCUGUUAUCUUACAGGGUCAGGGUCUUUUGGGUGGCUACAGGCUUCUCAGUAUGGUGGCUUGAAGUGUACUUUAUGGUACCGAACUUCCCCUUCCCCUACAAGCACUCAACCUGCACUGACAGCCACUGUGUAACAAAUGAUUUAAUGAGUGGAUGGAUUCAUUAAAUGAACAUAUGCGUGCGUGUUUGUGUGAGCGAGUGAAUGAGCGAGUUGCAGUCUUGAGCAGAUGGAAGUUACCCAUUUUUUUUCCCAUUUUGCAAAAAGAAACCCUCUGUUCGUUGCAUUUACAGAUAAAUCUAUAUAAAUUAUCUAUAUCAUAGACAAAAUCUAUAUUAUCCGUGGUGGGAUAUGCCAGAAAUGUGUUUGUUAGAGUCACAGAGCUAUUUAAAAUAUUAUGGUAUCUGAUUGUAUUGCUAAACGUAGAUUUCACUCGUGCCAUAUGAAUGAAAAUGUGAAUUUGUGUCAAUCGAGUUGACGUAUUGAUGCCAUAGUCACUUUAAACAGAGAAAUAAAAUACUUUGCUGCGUCCAGGUCGAAAUUAUUGGAAGUUCUCACUUGUGAAAACUGCUCAUGUCUUUGUGGAAGACUUAGGCCAUAUCCUUACUAAUCCGCUUUCGUUUGAAAACUGUUUUCAGUUUUCUAGCCUCAUUGAUUUCUCAAGUAUGCGUUAAUGGAGUGCAUUUUCGAAAUUUGUUUUUGAGGGAGGAAAACAAUGUUCUAGUGUUCAUGAGACGCGUAAACAGCUAAAUUAAUCAGUGUUUAGUUUCCUAAAGUCAUCAUUUUACAAAGAAUACAGUAAUGGAGAGUGUUUUCAAAGAGGGUUUUUUAAUGAAAAUGUACUAGUGUAGAUGUGGCCUUAAUUAUAAGUUGGAAAUUUUACGAAAGUGCCGACUUCUCUCAUUUGAUCAGCAGUUAAAGUUAGUUAGGUAGCAACCUCUGCUUAAUGUCAUUAUGCGUUACUAUUAUGUUAAUAUUUUGCUACAUAGGAAUAUGGUAUUUUGCUAUCAUUGUCAACAAAGCUGCACAUUUUGGCAUUAUGGCCAUUGCUAUAGAAACAAAUGAUUUAUAGUAGAAUGUCAGAGUUGUCAUUUCAUAAUUACGGUCAUUUCAACACAUUGUAAAUGCGGCAAAAGAUUGAGCAGUUAUGAAACUAAAGAACCAAGAGUUAGAUAGAUUGAUAAUGGAUUGAAUAACAUCCAUAAAUCGAAACUCUAUGCAGUGCGACUCUAAAACAUUAGCCAAAUCAUACAAUCAUAUUAUAAUACAGAUGCAAAAUUAUUCUUUUGCUUUCAUUUUGGCUGAAAACCAGAUAAAAUUUAGAGUUUAGGUUAGAAAGUGUAUUUUUGAAAACUUAAUAUGUAAAAUUGGGAAAUCAUAUAUUCAUUGCAUAAUUUAUUUUUGUAGAGAUAUAGGCUAUUUUAUACAGCUUCAUUUUAUCAUAUAUUUUACACAG